AUGGAGCCGGUCCUUGGAUCCACGGUCACCUCCCGGGUCCCUGCCCGGCCUUCGGCUGUGAUGGCUCACAGGAACGCCGGUUUGGGCUCGAGCAGCGCCGCUAGCAGCGCCGCUGGCAGCGCCUCGAGCUUUCGCUUCAGCCCGGCAAUCGCCGUAGCAGGUUUGACUGCUGCGGCCUUGACAAGACGUUCAGGCCGGCAACACGUGCAACGUCAAGGAACCAUAGCCACGCAGCCUGGAGACAGUGAGACACCAAGCAAUGCCAUUGAGGAGUGGUUGUUAAGCCUGGAGCUGCCAACUCCUCUGAAGCCCGUUUUGGGCAGUUCGGCCUGGGCCAGUUUCGCUGCGUCGCUUGUGCAGAUGUUCGUCGUUGCGGGUUUGUCAGCAGUGGGCACCUUCAUCGAGCAAGGAGAAUCUGCGACAUUCUAUGCACAGAAGUAUCCUGAAACCUCAGGGGUCAUCCUGGCCUUAGGUUUCGACCACAUGUACAGCUGCCCUCUUUUCUUGGGAUUGCUUGCUUGGCUGGCCGCAUCGCUCAUUGCUUGUACUGCCACCACACAGCUGCCGCUGGCGAAGAAAGCGCAGAGAUUCAAUUUCCAUUCCUCCGCAGCAAUGAAGCGCAGAGGCUCGUUUCUAAUGCGUAUCAACUGUCCCGUAGCAACUGACGAGCUGGCCACAACCGACAAGCUGCACCAGUUGAGGGGCGAGUUAAGGCAGCGGGGAUUCAUUGUUCGCUCCGAUGAUGAAGACAAGCCAACCCAGCUAGCAGCCUCACGAGGUUUGCUGGGAAAGUUUGCUCCGAUGGUCGUGCAUCUCGCUCUACUUCUCAGCCUUGCUGGUAACGUGGUGGGCCUGGUCUUCGGUGCUUCCAGCGAGGUGAUGAUUGAAGACGGAGGCGCUGCAGAUCUUGGCCGAGUUCUGGAAGCCGGCCGCAGGGCCAAAGGCCCUUUGUAUGACUUCCUGAGCCCGACCAAGAAUCUCAUGGAUGCCAUCGACGUCAAAGUAGAGGACUUCCGCAUCGAGUACAAGGACGAUGGAACGAUUGAUCAGUUCUUCUCGAAGCUCGCCAUCGAAGACUCCAAGACGAGAGAGCGACUAUACAGCGACGAAAUUUUCGUGAACAAGCCGUUGCGUUUCGGAGGGGGUACGAUCUACCAAGCAGACUGGGGCAUUGACAGGCUACAAAUGUACCUGAACGGUUAUCCCAUCGUGGUGCCGUGCAAGAGUCUACCACCCGAGAAAGGAGAGCGAUCGUGGGCGGCGUUUCUUCCUCUGGAACUUGUGACAGCCGAGAACCCCACGACUGUGAAGCAGAUCACGAAGCCAAAAGAAGGAAUCGUCCUAGUUCUGAACAACAUGCGCAAUGUCCAGGUUUAUGGAUCCGACAAGACCCUGGCAGGGGUUCUUCGAUCUCCAAUGGCUAAGGUGGAGAAAAAGAUGGAAGGCAUGCCUAUCCAGUUUGGUGAGGAGAUCACCGUUGAAGGCAAGACCAAGCUACGGCUGGACAAGAUUGUCGGUUCCACCGGCCUAAUCGUCAAGAACGACCCAGGCGUGCCUCUCGUCUAUACGGGUUACGCGCUGCUUAUGCCUGCCACGCUUCUGAGCGUAUUGCCCUUUGUGCAGGUUUGGGUGGCAGUGAACAAGGAUGACCGCAACCAGAUCUUAGUCAGUGGCCGCGCGAACCGCAAUCAGCUCUCCUUCGAGGACGAGAUGAAAGCUGCCGUCUUGUCCGUGGCAACUUCCUGA